AUGUUGCCCCUCAGUCUUCUCAACGCCGCUCAAGGGCAUCCCAUGCUUGUGGAGCUCAAAAACGGCGAGACCCUCAACGGACAUCUGGUCCAGUGUGAUACAUGGAUGAACCUUACCCUACGAGAAGUUGUACAAACUAGUCCGGUGCGUCUAACCGUUCAGUCGGCUAGGGAUGGCCAACAGCGAGAAGCUAAUAUUGCGCAGCGAGGCGACAAGUUCGUGCGGUUAAAAGAAGCUUACGUCAAAGGCAACAAUGUACCGCCCUUCCCAGUCCUCCUUCGCCAACAGCAGGCGUUGGGACCUUGCACAGAAUGCGGCUAA